AUGAUAUUUUAUAAAGAUCCAUCAGUAAAGUAUAAACCAUUUGAAAAUAAAGUAAAAUUAUCCCAAAGAGAUUGGCCUAGUAAAACAAUAACGAAAGCCCCUAGAUGGUUAGCUACUGAUUUAAGGGAUGGCAAUCAAUCAUUACCAGAUCCAAUGACUUUCGAAGAAAAAAAAAUCAUGUUGAAAAAAUUGAUUGAUAUUGGGUAUAAAGAAAUUGAAGUUGCAUUUCCAAGCGCUUCCGAAGUGGACUUUGCAUUUACUCAGUAUGCGGUGCAAAAUGUUCCUAGAGACGUAGCUAUUCAAGUUUUGGCACCCUGCAGAGAAGAAUUAAUUACUAAAACCAUUACUGCCUUGAAGGGAUGUCACAAAGCUAUUGUCCAUAUCUAUUUAGCCACUUCUGCAUGUUUUAGACAUGUUAUCUUUAAUGAUAUGACCAAAGCUGAAAGUAUUGCAAAGGCUGUCAAGUGUACAACCUUAGUUAAGAAUUUAACUAAAAAAUUUGGUAACGAUAACUGGGCUUUAGAAUUUUCUCCAGAAACGUUUAGUGAUACUGAUCCUGAAUUCGUUGUUCAAAUAUGUAAUGCAGUGCAAGAAGCUUGGGGCACUGACACUUCAUCCCAACCACUUAUUUUUAAUUUACCAGCUACAGUGGAAAUGUCCACUCCAAAUAUUUAUGCAGAUCAAGUUGAAUAUUUCCAUAAAACUAUUAAGAAUAGGGAAAAUAUAUGUAUCUCUCUACAUCCGCAUAAUGACCGCGGCUGUGCCGUCGCCGCAUGCGAAUUAGCUCAAAUGGCCGGCGCUGAUCGUGUUGAAGGCUGCUUAUUUGGUAAUGGUGAGCGCACUGGUAAUGUUGAUUUGGUUACAUUGGCAUUAAAUUUGUAUACACAAGGCAUUAUGCCCAAUUUAGAUUUCAGUGACAUAAAUUCUAUUAUUGAUGUCGUGGAACGUUGCAAUAAAAUACCUAUCCAUGCUAGACAUCCCUAUGGUGGUCAGCUAGUUGUCUGUGCAUUUAGCGGGUCCCAUCAAGAUGCUAUUAAAAAGGGCUUCGCUUUGUAUGAAAAGGAAAAAGAAAAAACAGAUAGUAGCGUUGUUCCUUGGAAAAUGCCUUAUUUACCCUUAGAUCCCCAAGAUAUAGGAAGAACCUAUGAAGCUAUUAUUAGGGUUAAUUCCCAAUCUGGUAAAGGUGGUAGUUCUUGGGUCAUCUUAAAAAACUUGGAAUUAGAUUUACCAAGAAAAUUACAAGUACAUUUCUCUACAAAGGUUCAAAAAGAAACUGAAUUGAAAGCCAGGGAAUUAAAAUCAAAUGAGUUGAUUGAGUUAUUUAUGAACACCUAUUUUGUUGAACAGAAAAAAUGUAAUUAUAAGUUGGUUGACUACAAUAUUAAAAGAAACAAUACUCAAAAUAAGACAGAUUUGGAAAUUAAAUUAGAGAUCCAUGGUUGUGUAAAAUCGCUAAAAGGUAGCGGCAAUGGUCCGAUUAGUUCAUUUAUUAAUGCAAUCAACGAGGAAUUCGGAACUAACCUAGAUGUACAUGAUUAUAGCGAACACUCUUUAGGAAAAAAUUCAAAGUCACGGGCGGUCAGUUACAUUUCCAUGGUGAAUCAUAAAAAGGAAUCAAAUGAUGCCAGUGUUCCUAGUAACAUUGAAUGGGGCGUUGGAAUUCAUGAAAGUGUUACAGCUGCCUCAUUUUGGUCAGUUAUAUCUUGUUUAAAUUCAUUGGAACGGGAUCAUGCAAUUUGA